AUGGCGAGCACAUCCUCUUCCCCUUCGAUGGCCAUCCCCGGCCAAUUCCUUGGCCCUAUCUCCAAGUUCCAACCCGGUCCUGGAACCCAUAUCCACGAGUCGAACCUCUACUCUUCGCUGCUCGGUGUCGUCAACAUCACACAGCCCGCCAAGGCGCCUGGCCCUGCUAAGCGCUUGAACAAGAUCAUCAACACCCAGACCACCCCCGCCGAGCUACCGACCAUCUCGGUAUUGCGUUCAGCGGGUUCGUCAGACAAGCGCGAGGUGCUUCCUGAAGUGGGCAACAUCGUGCUAUGCCGGGUGAUUCGCAUCAUGCCGCGCCAAGCGGUUGUGGCCAUUCUGAUUUGCGGCGAUACUGUUUUGGAGGCCGAGUGGCAGGGCCUGAUUAGAGUGCAGGACGUGAGAGCAACAGAGAAGGACAGGGUAAAGAUCUACGACAGCUUCAGGCCUGGAGAUAUUGUCAGAGCCGAGGUGAUUUCACUCGGUGACCAAGCCAGCUACUACCUGUCGACAGCGCGUAACGAGCUCGGUGUCAUCAUGGCGACAAGCGAGGCCGGUAACACCAUGUACCCCGUCAACUGGAAGGAAUACAAGGACCCUGAGACCGGGCUAAGCGAACCCAGAAAGGUUGCGAAGCCCUACUGAAGUCGGCGGAUGGAGUUUCGAAAUGAGACAUGAAAAGGAUGCUUGAAAAGCAAUACAUAGCGGAGUUACUAGCUUGAGGUACAGCGUGUUAUCAAGGUGAAACGGGCGUUAAUCUGCUCGGAGAGCUCGCCGCGUCAUGGAAGCAGGUGCUCUAUCAGCACCCGGUUGGGGGCUUGCAAAUGCGGCGGCACGUCGACCGUCGAGCUCUCACGGUCCGCCGGGCCAUCGACACGGUCGGCCACUCGCAUCACAAGCAAGCAUCCCAGCGACAGAUCCAAGCCAAGAGAUGUCUUGGCCCCAGAGUUUCUGGCGGAUAUUACUCCAGGUACGCCAAGGUAGACCGCGCAGAACAUGGUCUUGGGUGAUAGGGCUCGCACUCAGAGAAGUAUGGAGAUGGGUCAUGUCACGAUUCACUCUUGACACAGCGGAACAACACAGUCAUGAUACAGCGCCUGUUUCGGGGAUAACGAAGACGAUGGCGAGUUAUGAUCUUGUCACGUCGAGGAAAAGAUAUAGUGACGCCAGACACGGCUACGCCUGUCAUUGCAUUCAGAAACUGGAUACCCGUUCAAAAAUCUGUAUAGAAGAU